AUGAUGCUUCUGUCAAAGCGCGCACUGCCGCUGUGCGUCCUGUUUCUAUGCGCGGCUUCGGAAGGGCCGUCCGGACACUGCGCGGGCACAAAGUGUUAUGCGCUUUUCAUUGAGUCGGUGAACUCUACUGAGGCCGAGAGGCGCUGCGUGAACACCAUGGGGCAGCUGUACAAGGAGGGACAGCAGGAGCCUUUGAAACUGCCGGUGACGGACGGUCGCGUUUGGAUCGCAAAUACAGAUGCAGCCGCGGGGUGCAGCGUCUUCUCUUCUGGCUUUGUUGAGAUGACCUCGUGCGCGGACGAACUGGACGGCUUCUUUUGUCAGUACACACAAAUCUGUGGGCCUCUGCUUUCAAGUGAGAGUGUGUACAUAAACUAUACCACUGAUUGGAGCUUUGAGGUACAGCCUAUGUACCCACCAGGGACUUUGGCUGAGGUGCGCGGGCCAGACCAGCCUCCAAUCUCCAAACACAUCUGCACAGGCACGGAGUGGAUGCGCGCGCCCUGGAACUGUGAGGUGAAGAAGGGUGGGUGCGAGCAUGCAUGCGUAAACCCACACGUGUGCACUUGUCCUGCGGGAUACUCUCUACAUCACAAUAAAUUAACGUGCACAAAGGACCCCUGCGCCAAGUGCACGCACGGUUGCGUAAAUCAGGACGGCGAGUGGAGGUGCAGCUGUCCAGAGGGGUUCAGGUGGCAGCCUGAGGGCCACUGUAAGGACGUGAAUGAGUGUCUUGAGAACGCGACUCUGUGCUCUGGCCCAGGUGAGGAGUGUGAGAACGAUGAGGGGUCCUACAAGUGUAUAUGCAAAGACGAAUACGACCGGGUGGACGGGGUCUGUGUGGAGUCCAUCUGCUAUAAAUGUGAACAUGAGUGUGAUGAAGUGCUGGGGAAACUGGUCUGUGUGUGUAAGAAGGGCUACAGGGUUCAUCCAAAAGACCCCACUAAGUGUGAGGAGUUCUGCCCAGAGCAGGACUGUCCUGCUAAAUGUGUGAGUUCAAACCAGUGCUACUGCCCCGAUGGCUACAUAUUGGACCACAGAGACCAGGAAACCGUCUGCACAGACAUAGAUGAGUGUGAGGAGGAAAGGUGUGAUCACUUCUGCUACAACACUUUUGGGGGGCACAUAUGUGAGUGUGAAGAAGGCUUUGAGUUGCAGCAGGACGGGUACUCCUGUAAGCUCACUGAACCUAUUCGGGUUUUGGGUCGGGCGCAGCCCACCCUGGCCUUUGCCCACCCCUCUGUGGUCCCCCCAUAUGUGAAGACGGGCAGUAUCUUGGGCAUCACUGUGUUCGCUCUGCUCUGUGCUGCUCUGCUCUUCUAUCUGCUUCAGAGGCUUUUCAUCCACUGCACCAAAGUCAGCUUCUACUCCCUCAAACGGGAGAUGGAGAUCUUCACCCUGCAGCAGGUCUCCACAGAAACAUACAAACAACUGUCCCACGACUGGCAGUCCAGGAAUGAUUGCCACAGACUGUAA